CCCGCCAGCUCUUCACCCCUUGAUCAAGUUAGCAGCACAAGCACCUGCCCACAGAUUUCCAUCCGGCACACUUCAAUAUGCAGUUCUCAGCACUUCUCGUCACUUUCGCGGCCGCCACCGUGUCGGCCAUCGAUGUCAGGGGCUACGUCGGCGACAACUGCGGCGGGGCCUGGGUUGGUUGCGCAAACCUCAACCCCAACGUAUGCUGUACACCGUUUGGCGGCUCGAGGGCUAGCGUUGGCUUUGCAGCCAUCCCGACCAACUGGCGUAUCCGCGGCCAGGCCUUUACGGGAGGCGGCUGCAACUCGUACGGAGGCCAGGGGGACUCCAACGGCAGAGACUUCUUCUGCCUCCCGUACACGACGCGUGGUGAUCGCACGGGCGGCUCGUACUCGUUCGUCAACCGCAAGCGCGCCAUCGACGAGACCUGCCCGGCCGAGCAGCCUCUGGGCAGAUGCGAAGCCACGGUCAAGCCCGACACCAUUGGCCUUGCUGACGGCACCGAGUACAACAUCACGAGUCUGUCCGAGGACCAGGUUAACGAGCUGAGCGCCAUUGCUGCUUCCGGCGCCGGUGUCGAGGCUGUCCCCGCCAACUUCCAGGUGCUGCGCCGCUCAAUUAGUGCUUAGAGGCCUGGACUGUGCGCAAGCUUUGUAGUCAUGGAUUACCCGGAAUAGGAGGACCAACGACGGGAGGGGCAAGAAGGAGGUUGUAAAGACGAAAGGAGUGCUGUUUCAGGCAUGACGUUUGUGUCGCUCUUGGUGGCCAGACGCUGCGGGUAUAUGACUAUUUAACUUGAGUCUAUAGUGAAAUAGCUUUUACUCCUUUGCGUUCCCUAAUAGUAGCAGUUGGCCGAA